AUGCCCUCUAUCCCUCUCCAUCCCCGCCCGUCCGCACCACGCAACGAGACACACAAUCCUCUCCCCGACAUCCUCCAAACGCCGUCGGGCCUCGCACUUCUCGAACUGCAAGGCACAAUCAAUCUUCCCGCACAAGACGCCCUGCAACCUGAAGACGAACCCACCAAGCCCCCCGAGUUAGACACUUUCUCUGCCACGUACGAAACUCCAAUCGGCAAGCUCAUGUUCCCAGACUACUCUACCCAAGCCCCGACAGAUGAUACCAGGUGGAUGAAGCGGGCUUAUUUAUAUGUCGGAAAAUAUCAGCGGAUGACGGGAGAAGUGAAGAAGCUGCCAAAGCCGCUCGCGAUUAUUCAGCGGCGACAGAAGGACUCGGGUGUGGAGGACACCGACGAGGAGCUGGAGAUAGCCGAGAUCGUCAAGUAUAAGCUUAUUUUCAAGAAUCGGCCGGAGCCGGUUAACGAUGCUUAA